CCCACAAGCAUGGCAACGAGAAGGCUCCAGUUUGGUGAAGUAGGAGAGCAGGGAGAUGUUCCGGUGAGAAAAGAACAGGAAGUCAUUGUCGAAGAGGCAACAAGGUGCAAUCUAGGGAUGCAGCAGGAUGUAUCAGAGAAUCAAGGAAUACAGGGGGGUGUUUCAAAUGAAAGGAGGAUGAAUAUAGACGAAGGAAUACACACACCACAUGCAUCGAGCAUGACCGAGGGUGAAGAAGGAUGUAGCAGAAAUAUAAUCACACCGCCUGCAACUGUUGACCCAUUUGAUAUUCAGACACCGAAUCCUGGACAUAUAUACACACAUAGAGACGACAUGGACGAAGCUUGGAUUCCAAGAGUGGGUAGGUGCUUCAAAUCAGAGGAAGAAGCACAUGAAUUCUACUGUACAUAUGCUGAAAAGGCAGGUUUCGAGCCAAAAAAGGCUAACAAGUCAGGGAAUACUAGGUACUUUAGGUGCAAUCGUUUUGGAAAAGGAGAGUACUACAAGAAAGACGAGGCAGAACGAAAAACGGGCAAGACAUCAAAGAAGACAUCGUGCCUGGCGAUGAUAAAGCUAAAGUUUAGACGUGAUGAAGAAAGUAAUGAAAAAGUAGCGGAGAUAGAGCAGGUCAGACUAGAUCAUAACCAUGUGUUGCUCCCAAAGCCUACAGAGACAAAACAUAUGAGGGCGCACAAGAACAAAGAUCCUCUGCUUCUAGACUAUGUUGAUGACCUACAAGCAAAUGACGUUCCUAACCAUUGCGUUAGAAACAUAAUAAGAGGUAUGCAUGGGGGUGAGGAGAACAUAGCAAUGACCGACAAAGAUCUGGAAAAUAGAAGGGCAGCGAAUAUGAGGGCGGAGCAUGCUAAUGACGUGAACAAGCUGAUGGAAUUCUUCAAAGACUGUGAGGCAGAGAACCCCCAAUUCCGGUGGGAGGCAAAGCUUGACACGAAUGGAUGCAUACACAGCAUAUUUUGGAGCCAUGCAAGCAUGCAAGGGGACUAUAUAGAUUUUGGUGAUGCAAUGACAUUUGAUACAACAUAUAAAACAAAUAUUUAUGAUAAACCACUAGCUAUGUUUGUUGGCUCUGACCAUCACCUACAUAACACCGUUUUCGGGUGUGCACUGCUCGGAGAUGAAAAACAGGAAACAUUCGAGUGGGUUUUCAAAGCAUUUAAAAAAUGCAUGGUCAAGAACCGAACAAAAUGUAUUCUGACAGAUGAAGAUACAGCUAUGGAAGCAGCAAUCAAGAAGGAGUUUCCAGGGAUAACUCACAAAAUAUGCAGGUGGCAUGUAGUAAACAGGCUAUCUUCGGAGCUGAACAAAUUGUAUGAAAGGUACAAGAAACGAGACUUCAAGCAAAAAUUUAAUUCGGUGCUAAACCAUCCACUAACACCUUGGGAGUUUGAGGCAGCAUGGAAUAAUCUAAUAGCAGAAUUUAAACUAGAAGAAAAUACUGCACUUCAAAGCCUUUAUGAUCAGCGCAAAAGGUAUAUCCCAGUCUAUUUCAAAGGUGAUUACUGUGGAAGAAUGGCAUCCACACAACGCAGCGAGAGCACUAAUUUUAUUAUGAAGAAGUGUUUUGUGGGAAAGAAAACAGCAUUGCACAGGUUUGCGAAGCAAGUACUUAAUUUUUUGCAUACAAGGAGGAUGAAGGAAGGUGCGGAGACUUACCAUGGAACGAGCAAGACCCUUACAAAGACCAAAUGGGAAUUCGAGAUACAAAUGGGAAGAAUUUACAGUAGAAAUGUGUUUAAAGACUUCGAGACAAAACUGUUUGAAUGCACUGCAUAUAAGAUUGAGGACGAUACAGAUGCAGGUAGGAAUUACUAUCUAAUAUGUCAUACACACAAGACUACGAAGAUAUGUUGGGGGCAACACAAAUUUAAAGUACGAGCAGACAAAGAGAAGGAUGAUUUCGGCUGCGAGUGCAGGGAGUGGGAGCACACAGGUACAAAAAAGUUAGAAGCUAUAAAAGUGUAA